CUCUGAGCAGGCAUUUCUCUUCAUUCCUGUAUUUUAAUAUUUCCACUGAUAACCAUUAAACAUAUAAAGCUCCGUGCUGAUCCGACCGCGCAAUGUAAUAAACCGCUGCGCGCACGGUAGAUGUUUGAAACAUAUUAGGAAAUUUUGAGUUUGAGAUUUGAAAAGAUAUACAAGAAAUUUUUAUAGGCGUAAUACGGCGAAGUAAAUUAGAAAAAAUGCGGACCUAUAGGUCGUACGACGUGAAUGCUGUGGAAGGAGGUGGGACGGAGUCUUCUCCAGUUCAACGAAAACCUUUCUUUAUCGUUAAACUGAUCUUAUUUCUUGUACUUUGUGCCAUAAUUAUCACAUUGUGCAUAUUGUGGGUGUCAAAAAGUAAAGAAGCGUCGAGGGAUAAUAAUAUCGUAGGAAAACAGGAUGGAUUACAAGGAGGGUAUGAUGGAACAAGUCAAAUGCCUGUCAGCGAAUUUGAUACACAGGAGACUACGACUACUGAAACACCGGACACUUCACCUUUAACGGCAGGCGGCGAAUCUAGACAGGAGACUACGACUACUGAAACACCGGACACUUCACCUUCUACGGCAGGUGUCGAAUCUAGACAGGAGACUACGACUCCCCAAACACCGGACACUUCACCUUUAACGGCAGGCGGCGAAUCUAGACAGGAGACUACGACUCCCCAAACACCGGACACUUCACCUUCUACGGCAGGCGGCGAAUCUAGACAGGAGACUACGACUACUGAAACACCGGACGCUUCACCUUCUACGGCAGGCGGCGAAUCUAGACAGGAGACUACGACUACUGAAACACCGGACACUUCUCCUUUAACGGCAGACGGCGAAUCUAGACAGGAGACUACGACUAGUGAAACACCGGACACUUCACCUUCUACGGCAAGCGACGAAUCUAGACAGGAGCCUACGACUACUGAAACACCGGACACUUCACCUUCUACGGCAGGCGUCGAAUCUAGACAGGAGCCUACGACUACUGAAACACCGGACACUUCACCUUCAACGGCAGGCGUCGAAUCUAGACAGGAGACUACGACUCCCCAAACACCGGACACUUCACCUUCAACGGCAAGCGACGAAUCUAGACAGGAGCCUACGACUACUGAAACACCGGACACUUCACCUUCUACGGCAGGCGUCGAAUCUAGACAGGAGACUACGACUCCCCAAACACCGGACACUUCACCUUCAACGGCAGGCAUCGAAUCUAGACAGGAGACUACGACUCCCCAAACACCGGACACUUCACCUUCUACGGCAGGCGUCGAAUCUAGACAGGAGACUACGACUCCCCAAACACCGGACACUUCACCUUCAACGGCAGGCGUCGAAUCUAGACAGGAGACUACGACUCCCCAAACACCGGACACUUCACCUUCAACGGCAGGCAUCGAAUCUAGACAGGAGACUACGACUCCCCAAACACCGGACACUUCACCUUCUACGGCAGGCGGCGAAUCUAGACAGGAGACUACGACUACUGAAACACCGGACACUUCACCUUCUACGGCAGGCGUCGAAUCUAGACAGGAGACUACGACUCCCCAAACACCGGACACUUCACCUUCAACGGCAGGCGUCGAAUCUAGACAGGAGACUACGACUCCCCAAACACCGGACACUUCACCUUCAACGGCAGGCGUCGAAUCUAGACAGGAGACUACGACUCCCCAAACACCGGACACUUCACCUUCAACGGCAAGCGACGAAUCUAGACAGGAGCCUACGACUACUGAAACACCGGACACUUCACCUUCUACAAAUCACAUGCAACCUGUGACGUUAUCUGAAGUUAUGUCAAAAAUGGCCAAAGCCACAGCGAGUCGAAUUCUUUCCUACAUGAACCAUUCUUCCGAUGCGUGUGAUGAUUUUUAUGAAUACGCUUGUGGAGAGUUCGAAGAUAACCAGCUUACGAUAGAAAAUGACCUCGCAGAACAAGCAAUGCAACGAAUUUUCACCGAGGCUCAAAAACGCCGAAGUGACAAACAGCCCUUUCUCGACUAUUACGAAAGCUGCCUGAAUUACGAAAAGACGACCAAUCAGUCUGAAAGAUUGACAAACGUUCGACGAGCUGUACAAGAAAUCGGACGUUUUGAUUACACGGAUAACAUUGGGAAGGAUGAUACCCAACCUAAAUUCAUCGAUACGCUCCGGAGACUUUUCGAACGGAACAGCGCCCUCUUAUUCGACAUUACUCCAGACCUCGCAGUAACAGAAGGGAAUUGUAACACAGAGCCAGAAACAGUUCAGUUUACUUGGAAAAUUGGGCCACUGAUCAGCAGAACUGACCCCUACACGAAUAGAAGAGCAGAGGAAUGCUAUAAACAGCAGGAAUCGGUGAGAAACAAACCGGAAGUGAAUUUGACAGAAGUCUACGGAACUUACAAAGAGUGCAAGAACUACUUGGGCACCUUUACAACGUCCAUCAAAGAUAGCGUGAAAAAAAUUUUCGAAACGGAUUUUGAUCGAUCGGAGCGAAUCGGGGUUGACGUUGAGAAGCUGAUUGAACUUUUCCGUCUGCCGGAGAUGGAUGAAGAUGAAAUCCGUAAGGCCUACGCAACCAAGAAAUAUAUCUUGAAGGGUGACGAUGACCUCUCUGUCAGAUGGGCACGUAAUCAAUCGCCAUUCCUUGAUUUCAAGAAACUAUUACCACCUCGAGCAAAUGUGGAAAGAAAACGCUGGCAUGGUUAUCUUCUUGAAGACCUUACUCGAGCUGUAAAGAAUGUCGCCUUUCGAAGCUAUCGGAUUGAUGACGAAACGUGGAUAAAUGAUGCUCUCCUCGCAAUUUACGCUAACGAUGUCUAUCACGAGUUUGCUGCUCCGCGCCACGAUGUCGAAAAUUACUGCAAGCGACUAGCAACUAACCUGAUGAAGACGCAUGCAUCCAGUUUAUACAUGUCAUCAUUCAAAAGCGAGGAACUCGAGGUCAUGGACAGAACGGUGAUCGAAAUGUUUGAAAAAUUAAGGAAAACAUUGGAGUCGAAUGUGUUGAAACAGAAGUGGAUUGGGAAGAAGAGCAAAGAGGCAAUUUUGAAGAAAAUCGCAAGUCUCUCGAUCGCGACACCCGCCCACCGAACCGAUUAUCAUAACUCAAACGACAAUGAGAUCGAACUCACAGGCGAUUUUUUCAACGACACAAUGGCGCUGCGGAAGAUGUACAGAACGUCCAUGUACCAGAUGCUGGAUAAACGGCCAAGCGAAGAAAUAUGGACGUACUUCGCCCAACCGUACGACGCGUCGACUUCAUCUAUAUACGAGCUCGAGAAAAUAAUUAUACCGUUCGGAGCUGUAGAUUGGCGCUUUUUGGACCGUUCCUACACCACGUCAACGCAGCAUUUGGGGCUAGCUACUCUUGGAACGCUUAUCGCCAAUGAAAUUACUCAUCAUUUUGACUUCACAGGCAUAAAUUACCUGAACGGUCGGAAAGGUAGGGGCGUGGCGCCUGUUUUCUGCUCUAGCACGGAGGAUGAUAUAGCUUACAGAAGCGACUACAAAAACCAUUACCAAAAUUUGAGGGGAAAAAUGGACUCCAUCUUCCUGCCAUCGACUUCUCAAAAUAUUCAUUACAGCAUAUCCGACCUCAGUCUCAAUGAGAGAUUCUCAGACGACGCCGGCCUGCGACUCGCCUACGAUACGAUGUUAAACUUACCCGCGGAAGCUAAAAUACCAUUGCCCUGGCUUUCGAACUCGGAAUCUAACGAGAUACAACAAUUCUUCUUGGCCUAUGCUCAGAUGCAAUGCACAAAGAAGCCUCUCACAACAUCCUUCAGAUCGCUCUACGAAGACGAAAACUUGCCAAGCCGACUACGGAUUGCGAUAACUGCCGCCAAUAACGAAGCCCUUGGAGAAGCCUGGCAGUGCAAAACGGGAACCAAAGUCCGCCCUGAGGAAAAAACAUAUAAUUUUCCUCACCUCGACGGUAUAGACUUCGGUCGUGAUACCGAAGCACUCCCACCUUAUCAAUGAGUUUAUGUUUCAUCUCAAGAAACAGCCGUUUGUGUCAAAAAUAUACCAGUGAACUGU